AUGGCGAGGAAGAAGGUGAAGCUCAUGUGGAUAGCGAACGAUGCGACGCGGCGGACGACGAUGAAGAAGCGGCGCAAGGGGCUGCUGAAGAAGGUGCACGAGCUGAGCGUGCUGUGCGGUGUCGAUGCGUGCUUGAUCGUGUACGGCACCCCGAGCGACCGCUUCCCGGCGGACAUCUUGCCGUCGGAGCCCCGGGGGGUGGCGCGCGUGGUGACGCAGUUCAGGGGCUUGCCGGAGGGCGAGCGGCGGCGGAAGAUGGUCAGCCAGGAGAGCUUCCUGCGGCAGCGGGUGGGGAAGAUGCGGGACGCGCAGCGCCGCCAGCUGCGCGAGAACCGCCAGGGGGAGCUGCUGGCGCUCGUGGCCGAGGGCCUGUCCGGGCGGCGCAGCAGCUUCAGCAACCUGGCGCAGGUCGAGGAGGUGGCGUCGCUCACUUGGAUGCUCGAUGCCAAGUUCAAGUCGGUCUACGACCAGCUGGAAACCCAACUUCGUCAGUUGUACUCCGCGACGCCGGAGGGGGGAGUGCCGCUGCAGGCGGCGGCGGAGGAGGCGGCCGUGCGUGUCGUGGAUCAUGAUCCUCAGUCUGCUGCUGCUGCUGCUGCUGCUGCUGUGGAAGUUCUGAACAGGCACGACAGCAGUCUGCUGCCGCCGGCCGAUACACCUACGCCGCAGCCUCCAAUGGUCGGCCCGUGGGCGGAGCUGCAGACGCCGUACCUGGACCCCUACGUUGCUGAUCCGUGGCUCGAUUCCUUCUAUCCAUUCUGA